UAAAAGGAGAGAAAACAUUUAUGGGUUAAAAUGGCCUAGUCAAAGUGCAGUCCUGAAUCCAGCUGAGAAUCUGUUGGAAGACGUGAAAAUGGAUGUUAAUCUCAGUUGCUUCAAAACCUGGAGUUUAAAUCUGGUGGAAACCUGCAGCUGAUGGUUCACUAACAAGCACUCCGCACCUUUCAGAUCCAGUCAUUGUCUCUCACCUGCUGUCUGUUGACCCGUCUCCAUAAACCCCACGAAUAUUUAGAAGUUUGUGGUUUUAACUCAAAAAGUGUGAAAAGAAGAAACUUGAAAUGAGUCACCUGCUGAUUCAGAGACGACUCACCUGGAAUCAUUUCCUCGUUAACGACCUCCAUCACCUGAGCAGGAGCCUGAACCUUCAGCUGUGAUCGAACCCGAGGGUUUGUCCUGAUCGGGUCCAGAUUCUUGUAGCUCAGAUAUUUAUCGUGGCAACUUAACGGGAUUCUGAACGCUUGGAGUCUUGAUGUCAUCAGUCUGACGUUACCUGGAAGCCUGAGGUGGAGCCGCCGCUUCUCCCUCUGCUCACAGCGAACCGGGCCUAACGGAUCAGAACCACAUGCUGGUUCUUUUCUGCUGCCUCCAUUCAACAUGUGGCUCCUGAUGGGAGACCGGUUCUGGUUCUGGUUCUGACUUUAAACAGGUUUUUGUGUGUUUUUACUGCUGGUAGCAUUCUGUAACAUCAGCAGGCUCUCUGCCCAGGGCGGCACACAACAGGGGGUCACCGCCAGACAGAGCUCAGGUUCUGCUGGGCUCAUUUGUCAGAUUUAAAGAAGCUUUUAGACCUUACAGUUGGUAUGAAACACACUUCUCAUUCAAACAGUAACCGUUUUAAAUGUUUCUUGUCUGAUGCAAUGUGUUCAUGUCUUCAUGUGUUCAUGUCUUCAUGUGUUCAUGUUUUCAUGUUUUCAUGUCUUCAUCAAACAGGAAGCAUCAUAAAUAAGUAAUAUUGUCUAGAAAGCAGCAGACUGUGAAAUGAAUCACUUUGCGUUCAGGUUUUGUAAUAUUCAACAUUGUGGAAUUGAAUGAUACAAUCAGCUACAGCGCCCCCUGUAGGUUUGAUCGGUGUGUUUUUGUGUGGGCCCCAUCCGGGGGCCCUGCCCAGCGCAGCUUAGACUCAGGGGCCGCCCCUGCUGUAAGUAUGUGGAUUUAUCUCCGAGUUUUAUGAUUUUCUCUCCACGUUGUCAUGGUAACCGGACUCUCUGGACAGGAAGUGGAUUACCUGUUGCCUCUUCACUUCACUAAUGAACACUAAACAGUAGUUUUAUCUGGCCCGUGACGUCAGCCGCCUCCGCCCAAUCAGCGCGUUUUCACAGACACCUUGUGGGUAAUCGGCUUUGGCGCUCGGAGCUGUGUGUCCAGCGCCACGCUCUGCGCGCUCUCUGCGCCAGAAAUAGCACCAGCGGGCUCUCAGCGGCAGCCUGACACUUGAUCGGAUUCCCGGCCGUUGCUCCACGGCGCUGCGCUGAGGAGCCGCCGGAAGAACCCCCCGCGGACCGGCUUUUACGCAGACAAACUCCGGAGUUUGUUGGGUCAGGGUUCGGAGUUCUGUCCCUGCAGGACAGUUCUGUUCAGGGGAACCAGGAUGUUAUCUCUCUGGUGCGGGUUUCUCAGCUUUUGCGUGCUAAUCUGCGCUCAGCCGGAUGAUGGGAAGCGGUACAUCUGCCGCGCAGUGGCCGUCAGCGGCGACGCCGGCUGCCCGGUGACUUUACUGCCGGACCUGAGCGCCGGCGGCCAGGAGGAGGAGCUGCGGAACACCGUCAUGCAGCUUCGGGAGACCAUCGUCCAGCAGAAGGACACCAUCUCCAAGCAGCUGGGCACCAUCAACGAGCUGACCACCAAGCUGUCCCUCUGCGCCUCGGCCGCCAGCGACCGGAAGUCCGGCAAGGGGGGCACGUGGGGGAAGGACAAGCAGAACACGAUGGGAGACGUUCCCACGGACCCCAACGACUCCGUCGACAGCCUCGGAAAAACCAUGCAGGGGCUCAAGGAGCGGCUGGAGAACCUGGAGCAGCAGCAGAUGAGGGCCAACUUGUCGGGCGCCUCGUUCCCCAGCGAGCUGCGGGAGCUGCUGCAGCGCCGCCUGGGGGAGCUGGAGAAGCAGCUGCUGAAGAAGGUCAGCAGCCUGGAGGAGGAGAAGAGCCAGCUGUCCAACGCCACAGCCGCCUACCGGCUGAAGACCGAGAGCACGCUGAACGCGCUGGUGGAGAGGAUCAGCGAGCUGGAGAAAGGGGCCGGAGACUUUAAGUCCCCUGAGCAGUUCAAGCUGUCCCUCCCCCAGAGGACCAACUACCUGUAUGGCCGCAUCACCAAGUCCCUGCCGGAGAUGUACGCCUUCACGCUCUGCAUGUGGAUCAAGUCCAGCGCCAGCCCUGGCGUGGGAACGCCUUUCUCCUACGGAGUUCCGGGCCAAGCCAACGAGAUCGUCCUGAUCGAGUGGGGCAACAACCCCAUCGAGCUGCUCAUCAACGACAAGGUGGCCCAGCUGCCGCUGGAGGUCCGGGACGGGAAGUGGCACCACAUUUGCAUCAGCUGGACAACCCGGGACGGCCAGUGGGACGCCUACCAGGACGGAGACAAGCUGGGCGCCGGAGACAACCUGGCAGCUUGGCACCCCAUCAAGCCUGGAGGAGUCAUCAUCCUGGGGCAGGAGCAGGACGUGGUAGGCGGCCGGUUCGACGCAGGCCAGGCCUUCGUGGGGGAGCUGAGCCAGGUGAACAUCUGGGACCGAGUCCUGAAGCCGGCCGAGAUCCGCUCCAUGGCCAACUGCAGCGCCUACCUGGCCGGGAACGUGGUGGCCUGGCUGCCCGGCAGCGUGGAGGUGUUCGGCAGAGGCGCCUCCAAGCGCCCCCUGGAGGUCUGCCAGGAGCGGCUCCCCAACUUCUAGAGCGCCGUCACCAUGGCAACGCCGUCCUGGACUUCCUGUCAGAGUUUACAUCUCCAUUGUUUGGUUCGAGCUUUUAAUGUGAAAGUUUCUGAAAGCUCUUCAUGCAUUCGUCUGUUCAUCCAUCCGUCCAUUCAUCCAUCCGCCCGUUCAUCCAUCUGUCUGUUCAUCCAUCCACCCGUUCAUCCAUCCGUCCGUUCAUCCAUCCGCCCGUUCAUCCAUCCGUCCGUUCAUCCAUCCACCCGUUCAUCCAUCCGUCCGUUCAUCCAUCCGCCCGUUCAUCCAUCCAUCUGUUCAUCCAUCCGCCCAUCCUCCUCCCACUGGUAGUAAAGUCAAAGUCUGUCUAAUCUGAAAUGAUCUGUGGAAAAGUUUUCCCUGAUGUGUCCUGAACUCUUUCAUGAAACUCUGUGUUGCAGCAAACAUCCAGCCUGCUUCCUCUUCCUCCUCCUCCUCUUCUUCUUCCACUUUCUCCUCCUCUUCCUCACUCCCAGUAGGCCAAAGAAAGAGGAGAACAAAGGAACCAAUGUUCUUUGUUCUCCAAAGGACCAAAGGAACAUUGGGCAUUUCUCGUCACUAACUGCUGUAAAUGAUAUUUAUCUUCAUGUUGUUGCUGUGUUACACUGUAGAAAAUGAGCCUAUAAAAAGCUUUAAUAUGUAUUUUUAUGAAUCUAAAUUGUUACUUAAUUUUGUGAAUUCCCAUCAUUAGGUUUUACAGUGUUGGCGCCUCGUCACAUGGCCUUCACAGACGUCUAAGUGCCAUUAAAUGUUUGGUUUUUUUACCUGUUUUGACAUCACAGAAAGAGAAUAAAGAUGAUUCAUGUCGCA